AUGACGUAUGAGAAGGGUCCCAUACUGGAGCAGUUUACGCAUGAAGAGCUCGCGAAUCAGGUAACUCCUGAUUCAGAGCAAUUAGAUAAAGAGGCUGGUAAGGUAGAACGCGGUAAUAAAUUGUCGAAGUUGUCCCCUGAGGUUGUAGCGCAGAUGGGACGAGAGUUUGCAGAGGAGUUUGAAUUACCCAAUGACGACGAUAUCUUUGCGCGCGCCGCUAUGCUAGCUAGAAACCCCGAUGGAUUUAACGAUUUCGAUUUUCUGAGUGAUGAGGAAAAGCAGGCAUGUUGGGCCGAAGAAUACAAGCCAUGGUCUUCUAUGACGAGGCAAUUAAUCGCCAUUAUAUGUGCGGCAGCAAUGUCAGCGGCUGUGCAAGGUAUGGAUGAAACUGUUAUCAACGGUGCUAUGCUGUUUUACCCCGAAGUUCUUGGAUUAGGAAGUGGCAGUAAAAGAGAUUCAUGGAUCGAAGGCUUAAUUAAUGGUGCUCCCUAUUUGUGCUGCGCUGGGUUCUCCUGUUGGACAACCGAUUGGCUUAACAAUCGAUUGGGAAGGAAGAAUGUGAUCUUCGUCACGUGUGGGAUAUCAGCGGUUACUUGUUUCUUACAGGGUUUUGCACCCACUGGUGUGAGAGGCUGGCAUUAUUUGUUUGCAUUUAGAUUCCUGCUUGGAUUGGGUAUCGGUCCCAAGAGUGCAACAACCAAUGUUUACUUAGCAGAAUGUGCUACAAGACAAAUCCGUGGUUGUACGACCAUCUUUUGGCAAUUCUUUACAGCAUUUGGUAUUAUGUGGGGGUAUGUUUUCACAUUGAUCUUUUACAGAGUUAAGCCUAAUGGAGUUCACGGUGGAUUGAAUUGGAGAUUGACUCUAGGCUCUGCGAUGUUACCUGCAUUGCUGGUAAUGAUUCAAAUUCCAUUUUGUCCGGAGUCACCUCGUUGGUUAAUGGGUAAAAAUCGCUACAGGGAAGCUUUGGAGAACACUAUCAAGAUUCGCCCUCAUAAAAUCCUUGCAUGUCGUGACAUUUUUUACCAGCACGUCUUAUUGGCAGAGGAGGAAUCGCUACAAUUACCGUUCUGGAUUAGAUUAAAACAAAUGGUUACCGUGAGACGUAACCGUAAUGGUUUAUUGGCUUCUUGCAUUUGUGCCUUCAUGCAACAGUUCUGUGGUAUCAAUGUCAUUGCUUACUACUCCUCUAGUAUUUUCGUUGAAAGUGGAUUUUCAGAGAUUAGUGCCUUGUGUUCUUCCCUUGGUUUUGGACUUAUCAAUUUUUUCUUUGCAAUCCCUACUUUCUUCAUGAUCGAUAAGAGGGGUAGACGUUAUUUGUUGUUAAGAACCUUCCCCUGGUUGGCGCUAUUUUUAUUGAUAGCAGGGUUUGCAUUUUGGAUCCCAGGUACACAGGCUAGAAUCGGUGUUGUUACCAUGGGUAUCUAUGUUUUUUCGGCGAUUUAUUCCUUCUCUUGUGGGCCGGUUCCAUUCUUAAUUGCCGCCGAGUCUGCCAACCUAGCAUCCCGUUCGCUAAACUCUUCCAUCUUUACCGUGGUUCUAUGGGGGUUUAAUUUCAUUUUAAGUGUUACUUGGCCCAGUAUGGUGAGAGCCAUGAAACCACAAGGUGCGUUUGGUUUCUAUGCAUUUUGGAAUGCCGCAGGGUUUUUCAUGGUCUAUUUCUGCGUUCCGGAGACUAAACAGUAUACUUUGGAAGAACUGGAUGAGGUGUUUGAAGUUCCAUUAAGAACGAGAAUUAAGUACAAUUUCCAAGAGAUUUGGCCUAAUAUCCAAUACCACAUCUUAAGAAGAAGAAAAAUAAAGAGAAGAACACCUUUGGGACCUUCGGUCGGAUUCAGUGAUUUGGAGGAAAAACCAGAACAAGAACACGUUGAACGUGUUGACACUAGCGAUUCCAGCAGUGACGUCGAUCCUACAGCAGGCGGCGGUUUGUAA